CCCACCGUGAUGAAACUCGUUAACAAGCACAUCGACAAGCAUGGCUCUGGCCAUGUCACGCUGCGACCAGAGGACGACGAAGACAUGUGGCAUCUUUACAAUCUCAUCCAGGAAGGUGACUCCGUCCGAGCACCCGCCGUCAGACGGGUACAGAAAAUAUCCAACACCGGCUCUGUUGACUCGAAUCGCGUCAAGCUAAACCUGACGAUCAGAGUCGCCCGCAUAGAAUUUUCGUCGGGAUCGAGUGGAGGUGGAGCUGCCGAUGAUAACCCAGCUGACGCUUCUGCGCCUGCGGAAACCACGACUGCCUCCCUCCAUAUAACUGGGCCAGUCACUUCUGAGAACCAGCACGUCCGACUAGGCGCUUUCCACACCCUUGACAUCGAGGCACAACGCGACAUCAGGAUAGAGAAAGCUGAGGGUUGGGACAGCGUCGCUUUGGGGCGGGUAGACGAAGCUAUCGUCCCUGGAAGAGGUGCAGAGGUCGCCGCCGUAGUCUGUGGGGAGGGAACGGCUGCUUUUUGUCUGCUUUCGCAACAUAUGACACUGGUCACCAAUCGACUAUCGGUUUCAAUACCCCGCAAGGCCGGGUCGUCCUCCCAACACGAGAAGGGCCUCAGCAAGUUUUAUAGCUCAUUAUUCGAUUCAUUUAUUCGGCACGUCCCAUACGCGAAUGUUGGACUGAAGGCUAUUGUUAUUGCCAGCCCAGGCUGGGUCAGGGACUCAGUGUACGACUUUAUCGUGCAGGAGGCAUCUCGUAGGGGGGACAAGAUCCUCCAGAAAGCGCUAAAAGAGAAGACUAUACGGGUGCAUGUAAACAGCCCGCAUGUUCAUAGUCUGGUCGAAGUUCUGAAGAGCCCCGAGAUAGUCUCUCAACUCAAGGAGACAAAGUUUGCUCGGGAAGGAAUAGUCCUCGACAAGUUCUUCAAGAUGCUUGGGACGGACGAAAUGCGAGCAUGGUAUGGCCCUGAUCAUGUUGUUUUAGCGGCAGAUCGUGGUGCAAUUGGGACUCUGCUCAUUUCGGACGACUUAUUCCGUGCCAGCAAUCCAACAACGCGAAAGAAAUAUGUGGCACUUGUGGAAGCAGUGCAGCAAAAGGGUGGCGAGGUCGUCAUCUUUUCCAAACUUAAUCAACUUACCGGAAUCGCCGCAAUUCUAACCUUUCCUCUCGAUGUGGAGAUUGUCGAAGCGGAAGAGAAGGAGGCAGAGGAAGAAACCGCUGUCGAUGCAGACCCUCCACUGGCGAGACUCGUCAAAAUGGAACCCAGCAAGUCGCCUCGAACAGGGGAGAGCGUGGUGUAUUGGAUGCGCAUGGGUGAUCUUCGUGUUUCGGACAACAGAGCUCUCUCGCUCGCCUCCAAACACGCCAAGCGCGAAGGAGUUCCUCUCAUUGUCAUCUUUGUCUUCAGUCCCCAAGACUACAUUGCCCAUGACAGAGGAGCACGCCGAAUCGAUUUUACUCUGCGCAACCUUCGCGACAUUCAAGCAACUCUGUCUAAGCUCCACAUCCCCCUCUUUACGGUGACCCAGUCUGAGCGUAAACAAGUCCCUCAAGAGGUCAUUCGUCUCCUGGACAAUUUUUCUGCCUGUGCCUUGUACGCCAACAUCGAGUAUGAAGUCGAUGAGCUGCGUCGCGAUAUUCGAAUCGGAGAUCUUGCGAGCCCAAAGAAGAUCGCCGUCCACUUUGUCCAUGACAAGUGUGUCGUCGAGCCUGGCGUUGUUCUGACCAAAGAAAUCAAGACGUAUUCUGUCUACACCCCAUACCAAAAGCUGUGGCUCGCAAAGCUCAAUGCAGACAUUCCUCGGUUCUUGGAGAAAUGCAUAGACCCCCAACCCAAUGAUGAAUCCAUUCGCAAAUCUGCUAAAUUUGGGCGCCUGUUUGAUUCCACCGUGCCAGAGAAUAUUCCAGGAUUUGAGCUGGAGGACGCCGACCACCAAAAGAUGGCGGAAAUAUGGCCAGCAGGAGAACUGGCAGCGCAAGAGAUUCUGAAGCGUUUCAUGCUUACCAAGGCACGGAAGUCUCAACUCGGUGCGGUCGACCCAUUGGCGAAGGGAGCAGACGACUCGAAACAUAACCGUCUGGUACAGUACGACGCUGAACGCGACCAAGCCGACAAGGACACGACGAGUCGCAUCAGCCCGUAUCUUGCUGCCGGUAUAAUCUCAGCGCGGACAUGCAUUAGAGCGACCUUGUUUUCGGAUCGCGAUCCGGAUCAAAAGCUGAAUAAGCAGACCAAAGUCGAUGGCACAAAAAACACUUCCAUUGGGCGGUGGGUCCAGGAAGUCGCGUGGCGUGAUUUCUAUGUCUGUAUACUGGCGGGGUAUCCGAGAGUCAGUAUGGGCCGCCCGUUCCUCGAGAAAUAUGCAGAUGUUGUGUGGGAGGGACCGCCGCUGGAGGAUGCCUACGAGGGAACUGAAGAAGAACACAAGCCUUCCGCAGAUGAACUUGCCAAAGCGGAAGAGAAUAUUGAGAAGUGGAAAGCAGGCAAGACGGGUGUUCCGAUUGUCGAUGCUGGGAUGCGCUGUCUCAACACUAUGGGCUGGUUGCAUAAUCGUUUGAGAAUGAUCUGCGCCAUGUACCUCACCAAGGAUCUGAUGAUAGAUUGGAGAGUGGGGGAGAAGUAUUUUAUGCAGCAACUUAUCGAUGGUGAUCUGGCUAGCAAUAACGGUGGAUGGCAAUGGUCAGCAUCGACUGGCGUAGACCCUUGCCCAUAUUUCCGCAUAUUCAACCCUUAUGUCCAGAGCUCAAAGGCCGAUCCCAGUGGGGAUUUCAUUCGACACUAUGUUCCUGAACUCGCCAAGUUACGUGGACCUGAGUUACAUCAACCAUCUGCCGCUACAGCAGACAAGCUGGGUUAUCCACACGCAGUAGUUGAACACAAGAAAGCAAGAGAACGAGCACUACGGAGGUUUAAGAAUCCGGGAGAAGUCUAA